AUGAGCUAUUCGCAACGGCAACUGAUGCCGGUCGACGGGCCGGUUCCCGACUCGCCGCGGCCGCUCUACGAGGCCACCUCUACCUGCUUUAAGGCCUUUGAGGAUUGCUUAGACUUUGACCAUGAUUGGAAAACCGGUGUCGAAGCCAUCAUGGAACAAGAAUCUCGGCUUUUUCGAUGGGGAAGGCUGACUGGAGUGUUGCGAGAUGGAGGAGACUGUCUCGACGCGCGCCUAUCUCAUCACAAGCACGUCAGCAAUAGGAUGCUUGCCUUCCUCUACAAUAUAGCAAACCAAAUCGCAAGCGGUAAGAUGAUUACAAGCCCAAUCCAAAAUAAGGUUCCUCGCGCUAAGAUGUUUACAGCGAGAUUGGGCGAUGAUGCCGACGAACCAUACAGGUCGAGCCUACGAAUCCCCGCCAUCGAGGCUGCCAUCGAUGACCUUUUCUGUUUAUCGGAUGAGAUUCAGAGGCAGGCACCCACCGAGGUGCCGCCACCCGAACAGGAAGCGAAUCCGAAGAAGCGAAAGGCCACGGAGAAGCUCGAGAGGGUCGGCCAGGCUUGCCCUGCGGAUUUUUUCGAAUGA